CGGAUGACGUGUCUGAGGAGUCAGAUGCUGCUACGCAGGCAGCAGUUUCGCUAGCGCUCGUGUCUGGAUAUCACCAAAUGUUUGAAUUCUGACACGCAGAUCUACAUUUCACGCAUGUAAAUACAUCUAACGUUACCGAAUCCUUAACUAGUCGGUCGAGGCAAAAUGGUCGUGUUCCACCGUGUCCGUGUUGUAUUUGUGUUGCUGUUUGUGUGCGGGUCUCUGCGAGACGCGCUGAGUUUCUAUCUUCCUGGUUUGGCCCCGGUGAGCUUCUGCGAGAAAGAAGAGAGCGACAAAAACAGCGACGUGCCAGACUGCAAGUCAACAAUUGAGCUGUUUGUGAACAGGCUGGAUUCUGUGGAGUCUGUUUUGCCCUAUGAAUACACAGCGUUUGAUUUUUGUGCCGAUGAGUCCGAGAAGCGUCCAUCUGAGAACUUGGGUCAGGUGCUGUUUGGAGAAAGAAUCGAGUCAUCCCCGUACAAGUUUUCCUUUAAGAAGGAUUUGGAAUGCCAGAGUGUCUGUCCUAAAUCGUACAACACCGAGAAAGCAGAGGAUAAGGCCAAGCUGGAAUUCCUCAAGAAGGGAAUGCUCCUCAAUUACCAACAUCACUGGAUUGUCGAUAAUAUGCCGGUGACCUGGUGUUAUGAUGUGGAGGACAAUCAGAAGUUCUGUAAUCCAGGCUUCCCCAUUGGUUGCUAUGUCACAGAUACGGGACGGGCCAAAGAUGCCUGUGUGGUCAAUGCUGACUUCAAUGACAAAGACACCUUCUACAUCUUCAACCAUGUGGACAUCACCAUUUUCUACCACGUGGUGGAGAACGAGGCUGCUGGUGCCAGACUGGUUGCAGCUAAAUUAGAGCCCAAAAGCUAUAAGCACAACAGCUUGGAGAAACCAGACUGCACAGGACCUCCCAUGAGUCUGGGCAAUAAGUUCAGUGGAGAAAUCAAGAUUUCCUACACUUACUCCGUCAAGUUUGUGGAGGACAAAACGAUUCGCUGGGCCUCUAGAUGGGACUAUAUUCUUGAGUCUAUGCCGCACACCAACAUUCAGUGGUUUAGUAUCAUGAACUCUUUGGUCAUCGUUCUCUUCCUCUCUGGGAUGGUUGCUAUGAUUAUGCUCCGAACGCUCCAUAAAGACAUCGCCAGAUACAACCAGAUGGACUCUGUGGAGGAUGCCCAGGAGGAAUUUGGCUGGAAGCUUGUUCACGGAGACGUCUUCAGGCCGCCCAGGAAAGGCAUGCUGCUGUCUGUGUUCCUGGGGUCUGGGACUCAGAUCUUCAUCAUGACGUUUGUUACACUCUUUUUCGCCUGCUUGGGUUUCCUGUCACCUGCUAAUCGUGGGGCUCUGAUGACGUGUGCAGUGGUGCUGUGGGUGCUCCUGGGUACUCCAGCUGGUUAUGUGGCUGCCCGCUACUACAAAUCGUUCGGUGGGGAGAAGUGGAAGACCAAUGUUCUGUUGACAGCAUUUCUCUGUCCGGGGGUGGUCUUUGCUGAUUUUUUCGUAAUGAAUCUGAUUUUGUGGGGCGAGGGUUCAUCAGCUGCCAUGCCCUUUGGCACUCUGGUGGCCAUCCUGGCUCUGUGGUUCUGUAUCUCAGUGCCCCUCACCUUUAUCGGAGCAUACUUCGGUUUUAAGAAGAGUGGCAUUGAACAUCCUGUGCGGACCAAUCAAAUCCCCAGACAGAUUCCAGAGCAGUCAUUCUACACCAAACCUCUUCCUGGCAUCGUCAUGGGUGGAAUCCUGCCAUUCGGCUGCAUCUUCAUCCAGCUGUUCUUCAUCCUCAACAGCAUUUGGUCUCAUCAGAUGUACUAUAUGUUUGGCUUCCUCUUCCUGGUCUUCAUCAUCCUGCUCAUCACCUGCUCUGAGGCCACCAUCCUCCUCUGCUAUUUCCACCUGUGUGCUGAGGACUAUCACUGGCAGUGGCGCUCCUUCCUCACCAGCGGAUUCACAGCUGUUUAUUUCCUGGUCUAUGCCAUCCAUUACUUCUUCUCUAAACUGCAGAUUAGUGGACUCGCCAGCACCAUUCUUUACUUCGGCUACACCAUGAUCAUGGCACUCAUCUUCUUCCUCUUCACAGGUACUAUUGGAUUCUUUGCCUGCUUCUGGUUUGUCACCAAGAUCUACAGUGUGGUCAAAGUGGAUUAAAUGAAAGCAAUCUCAUAUGAGAAUGAACUCUGAGCGCUGUUUAACUUUAUCUGUUGCCACGGCGACUCUGCUUUACACCAACAACUGAAACAACAAAUUCCAUUUACUUUGCCCUGUGUGUGCAUUAGUAGUGCAUAUUCAACUGUUUGAAGAAAUCAACACAUCUGCUUCUUUAGUUGGAACAGAAUACAGCAAACACGCACAUAGGCCACUGCGACGAGUAAUAAAGAUUUGGAGUUUUCCCUUGUAAAUAUUACUUGCUUUUUUCUUUUGCUAACUUUUUUCAUAAAUUACAAAAAGAAAACUAGCUCCAGUUAUUGAAUCUUCAUGGUGUCAGAAGUAUGAUUUUGUAAAUAGCCUUUUUUCCUUGAAUGCAUCAAAAAAGAAACUAGAGAUUAAAAAUGAAAAUAAUUCGUUAUUAGUUGAUUUAAGAGUGAGGCUGUGUGAAAUUUCAUUCCAUCAUGUUGAUACUGUAAAAUUACUGUUUGCGCAUUCUAGUAUAUAACAAGUGGGGGGAAUGUCUAUUUAACUUUUUGUUUGGUCUUUUUUUUUUUUUUUCUCUCUCGUUGGCUCUGUUCAUGCCUCAACACAUUGCGUGCCUCAUUAUCACAAGAAAAUCAAGACUGUUUCAUUUGGUUAAGAACGGGUUUGUGAAAAUGUGAAGUUCCCCGUUCAUAGACGGGGUACUGGAGUGGAAAGGUUUUCUUUGUACAUAUAUAUGCACAGCAUUUAAACGUGUGUCCAAAAACUACAUUUGGUUGGUUGGCUGCUCAGUUUUGAUUUUGUCUUCUCUGAUUUUGAGGUAACGAGAUUACAAGAAAAAUGUUAAAAAUAUUAGAAAUAAAACUUCCUCGUCUCCAAAA